ACGGCAAAGGCAACGGUAGUAAAUCUUGUUAAAACGACAAAAAAAAAUUCUAUGUCGAUUUCCGUCGCGAGAAUCUUUUGGAAUUGGACUAAAGAAAAGAAAGUUAAAAAAGGAAUAAACCGAACAACAACAACCGUACACCACACAGAAUAUCGUAAAUUUAUUGUGAAAUUUUGUUUGAUAAAAUAGUUUUGAAAUAAAAAAAAAAUUGCGAUAAGUGUGUGCGUAUGUAGCGAAAUUUUCUUUUCCUUUUGUUAGAAUAUUUCCUGUGUUGCGUUGAGAGUGGUAUAGAAAAUUAAAAAAAAAAGAUAAAAGGAAAUGUUAAUGCGAAGAGUUGAUUAUAGAUUUGUGAUUUAUAUAAGUGAAAUGACGUGAAGAAGCCUAAGCGAGAACGAAUUAAACUAGAGAGUUACAUCCAGUGGUUACAACUAAAUGAGAAGAAAAAUCUGAGCAAAAUCGAUAAUAAAAUUCAAUACGCAAAUGAGCUGAACCAAACCAGAAUCCACAACAUAGAAAACAAAAAUAAAAUCGAAGGCGAAACAAAUUUGUACGCGAAAUUGUUUCACGAAAGAAGGAAAAAAACGUUUGUGGUGAGAGUGAAAAGCGACAAAAGUACGAAAAAAAAAGAAAGCAAGUUUUAAAUGUUGACAUCAAUUAAGCAACAGGAAUGUGUAUGAAGUAUAGACGAAAGAAAAAAAGUUUCAGUUUAAUUGUGAAUGAAUAAUUUGGUGGAGCUGGAUAUUAAAAUCAAGCAAAAUCAAGAGUCACGAAGGAAAAGUAACGAACACAUUUGCCAUAUCCUGAGAAAUCUCGUUCAAUGCGAGCGGUAGUGAAUGUGUCAUUUUAGCACGAUGAUGAUGGUGGCAACACAAGAAAUUUAUCAGCAUUAACAGGCAUUGUGAGCGCACAUAAAGAGAGAUAGCGUGAAAACGAAGGAUUCUUUACACACAAUUGAAAGUCCCCCUCCCAUCCCGCUCGAACACACAAUCAACUGUAAAUUAGAAAAACAUUCGCCAAGUGAAGUCGGUGGUUUAUCUGCACAAUAAUGAUGUAAAGAUCAAUAGCUUUAGACCAUAGCAAAAAAAAACAAACAUACAACCAAAACUAAAAAAACAAACAGACAGACCAAAAAACAACAACAACCAAAACUUAUAUUCACUAAUUUGUUUUUAGUGUAUUAGCCAUUAUUCGUGAUACAUAUAUACAUAUAUAUUCAUAUAUAGAGAGAAAUAUUUGAAGCAUAUUUUCCUUAGAACAAAUCAUCACAAGGUUUUGUGUUCCAAAUGUUAGACCGCGCCUGUGUCGCGGUAUAUUAUGUCUCGAGAACCAUACAAUUCAGUUGCAGCUGCUAAUUCUGGUACACGAAGUCCUGGAACCGGACCAAUUCGUUCAACUUCUACCAGACGCAUCACUGAAUUGCCAACGGUAGAUCGAUCACCCUCUCGAGAUUACGCAACACGUGGCAGUCCCUCUGCAACAAUGGGAAGUCCGUACUAUCGAGAUAUGGAUGAACCGACUAGUCCAGCUGGUGGUGCACAUCAUCGUAGCCGAAGUGCAAGUCGGCCACCGAUUUCACAUACCAUGGAUUAUCCGCGAACACGAUAUCAGUCAUUAGAUCGAGGUGGUUUAGUUGAUGUACAUGAUCGUGAAUUCAUUCCAAUUCGUGAACCACGUGAUCGAUCAAGGGAUCGUUCACUUGAGCGUGGCCUCUAUUUGGAAGACGAACUAUAUGGUCGUUCGGCACGUCAAAGUCCGAAUCCGUUAAAUAUGGCGGCCAGCGAUCGCGGUUAUCUGGGCGAUUUACAACAUCAGCAAACUGAUUUGCAGCGCGAAUUAGGCACAUUAAAACGUGAAUUGGAACUGACAAACCAAAAAUUAGGUAGUUCAAUGCAUAGCAUUAAAACAUUUUGGUCACCUGAGCUAAAGAAAGAGCGAGCACUUCGAAAAGAGGAAAGUGCAAAAUAUAGCCUUAUUAACGACCAAUUAAAAUUGUUGAACAGUGAAAAUCAGAAACAAGCAAUGUUGGUCCGACAAUUAGAAGAAGAGCUUAGAAUGCGAAUGCGUCAGCCAAAUAUUGAAAUGCAACAACAGAUAGAGGCACUUUAUUCCGAAAAUGAGCAUCUACAAAGAGAAAUAGCCAUUCUUAGAGAUACAAUUAAGGAACUCGAACUGAGAAUAGAAACACAAAAGCAGACGCUGGCUGCACGCGAUGAAAGCAUUAAAAAGCUGCUGGAAAUGCUACAAACCAAAGGAAUGGGCAAAGAAGAAGAGCGUCAAAUGUUCCAGCAGAUGCAAGCUAUGGCACAGAAACAGAUGUUGAACAGUUCAUACAACCUAAAUCGACUCGGAAGUCCAACGGCUGGCGAUUUGAUAAAUACCAGUGUAUUUGAUGCGGUCGGAGGUAGUGGAAACUAUUUUAAACCAUCGCCACCAUUCAAUACGUACGAUCCGAAUUUAACGUAUAAUCCAAUGAACAGCACGACACUGCCACGUCGUCGAUAUAGCAUCGGAGGACUGCCAUCGGCAUCAACCACCGAAUAUUUAAAUUUACAACAAACAACCGACGCGCAUCUAUCGAAUCUAUUGAACGAGGCAAAAACAUCGAUAACACGAUCAUCACAAAUUUUAAGCCGUGGCGAAGAUUUAUCCGGUGACAUAAUGCUAUCGGCAGCGGCCGGCGAUGUAAUUGCCGAUCUAUCACAUCGUCAUCUGAUUAACGAAUACGAUUUAAAUGGUGCUAUUAUCGGUGCAAAUAUUCUAAAUCAAAUGCCGAUUACAUAUUCAUCACAACCAAAUAUCUACUAUUCGCAACCAAAUUAUACGAAUAGUCAUAUGUCAACGGACAUGUAUAUGUCACGUUUUAAACGAUCGACAGCACCAUAUGGUAGCAUUAGCGGUGGCAUUGGCGGUGCUUCAACACUUAACUAUACAUUGGGUGCCAAAUCCCAUUUAACCAAUCCAAUAUUAACCGCAUACACAAAUCCAUAUUUCAAUUCAAAUUUAAAUACAAAUGUGAUGAAUUAUAAUGCCAAUUGUCAUUCAUUGCCCUAUAAUAAUUAUCAACAAUCGUACAAUUAUCCAUUGCAUCAUCAAUCGUCCACGUAUAAUUCAAAAUAUAAUCAACCACCACCACCGUAUACCGCAACCAUUCAUCAUCAACAGCAACAACAACUACAACAACAACCAAACGCCAAUCAUUAUUUUCAUCGUCCAUUACAUUAUACAUCAAAUCCGGUGAUAUCACAAUCAUCGAAUUAUUAUUUCAAACAUCCACAAUAUCAUCAAAUUCAUAAUAAAAUGAUAAAUCCAAAUGCAUCGUCGAUCGCUCAAACGUCAACAUCUGCCUCGUAUUUACAUCAUCAAAAUCAACAUCCAUACAGUGGAUACUCGAAUCAACACUUUGAUCAUUUGAAUAAUAGUAAUUGCUACUCGAAACUAGAUUUAGUAGAUUAUACAAAACAGAGCGAACAAACUAAGCGACAAUUGGACGAGUUUCGUUUGGAAAUUCAACGCCGCGAUCAAGAAAUAUUGGCAAUGGCAGCUAAGAUGAAGACACUUGAAGAACAACAUCAGGUAAGUGGCCAUCAAGAUUAUCAACGUCACAUUGGCGUAUUGAAGGAAUCAUUGUGUGCCAAAGAGGAGCACUACAAUAUGCUUCAAUCGGACGUUGAAGAGCUUCGAACUCGAAUGGAAGAAAAGAAUCGUUUGAUUGAAAAGAAAACACAGGCCGCUGUUCAAGCGGUUCAAGAUCGUAAUCGCAUUCAAAAUGAACUAACCGAACUUAAGGAUCACAUGGACAUUAAAGAUAGAAAAAUUAAUGUACUCCAACGAAAGAUCGAAAAUCUUGAAGAUUUGCUUAAGGAAAAGGAUAAUCAAGUUGAAAUGGCGCGUGCACGAAUUUCUGCAAUGCAAGCCCAUCACUGUAAUUCCGAGGGUGCAUUGUAUAGUUUGGAAGAGACGCUUGGUGACAAAGAUAAGCAAAUGCAACAGUUACGCGAUCAACGUGAUCGUGCCGAAAAGGAUAAAGAAGAAGAACGUGAAUUGCAUGAACGUGAAGUGACCGAAUAUAAAUUAAAAUUACAUUCGCUCGAAUGUGAUAUUGAAAAGUUGAAUUCACGUUUGGAUCGUAUUCACAUCGAAAAAGAGCGACUUGAAACGCGUUUGGAAUCGUCACAAAGUGAACUCGGCAAAUCGAAGGCCGAAUACGAUAAAGUGGCCACCGAAGUUGGACGCAGCACAAGCGAUUGGGAAACAACAAAACAACGUUUGGCACGUUUAGAACUCGAAAAUGAACGUUUGCGUCAUGAUCUUGAACGAUCACAGGUAACGACGACAUUCGGCCGUUCGACAUUGACCACAUCGCAAGAAUUGGAUCGGGCACAAGAGCGUGCCGACAAAACAGCGGCCGAUCUUCGUCGAACCGAAGCCGAACUUCGUGUAACACGCUCGGAUGCUGAACGUGCUCGUGGCGAGGCUGCAUCGUUACAAGAAAAGCUCGAGAAGAGCCAAGGUGAAGUGUAUCGUCUGAAAGCCAAACUCGAAAAUGCACAAGGUGAACAAGAAAGCUUGCGCCAAGAAAUGGAACGCGUACAGAGUAGCGUGCAAAGAGUACACGCCGAACGAGAUAAAACAUUAACCGAAUUGGAAAAGUUACGCGAAGAAUUGGAACGAUCACAGGCUGGUUUAGGCAAAUCCCAAUUGGCACAAGAGAAAUUACAAAAUUCAUUGGACAAAGCCCAAAACGAAGUCGAUCAUUUGCAAGAGCGUUUGGAUAAAUCAACGGCCGACCUGCGACGUUUGCAAUUGGAAAAAGAGAAACAAGCAUACGAAUUUGAAAGUUUACAAUCACAACUUGACAAAGCACUUGGACAAUCGUCACGCGUUCAAAAGGAACGUGAAUCGCUCGGUUUGGAAAUUGAACGAUACAAAGAUAAAGCGGAAAAAGCACAACAAUCAUUGACACGAUUGCAAAAGGAACGAGAUGCAUUACAAGAUGAAAUUGAUUCGUACAAAGAACGUGCAGAAAAUAGUCAAGCAAUGGCCGUUAAAGCUGUACGUGAACGUGAACAAUUGCAAACUGAACUCGAAGUGGUCAAAGAGCGUUGGGAGAAGGCACAUAGCAUACACCAGAAAUUACAGAUUGAACGUGAUGAUGCCUUCACAGAGAUUGAUAUUCUGAAGGAGAAACUAGAUAAAGCUCUGUAUGCCAGUCAAAAAUUGAUCGAUGAAAAGGAUAGUUGGAACAAAGACUAUGAGAAAUUAUUGGAGAAACAUGAUCGAGCACAGAAUGAAAUUUAUCGCUUGCAAUCGCGUGUCGAUACCACCGAAGCCGAUCGAGCUCGAUUGGAAGUUGAAGCUGAACGUUCAACACUGAGCGCAACCAAGGCACGUGAAGAUCUACGUAAAUUACAAGAUGAAAGUUCACGCCUGCAAGAGGCAUGCGAUCGCAUUGCAUUACAAUUGACCAGAGCCAAAGAGCUUGAAGACAAAGCUCGCGAAGAAUUGGAAAUAAAUCGUGAACGUUUGGAGAAGGCACAAAAUGAUGUGCGUAAAUUACAAUCGGAAAAAGAUAUGCUACAAACCGAAGUGGAACGGCUCACAUACGAAGUGGAUCGUGCAACACAUACAAAUACCAAACAUUCAGCGGCCAUGGAAUCGGCACAAGAAGAGGCGGCCCGUUUCAGUUUGGAAUUGGACAAAAUGCGCGAUCGAUAUGAAAAGAGUCAAAGCGAAUUGCGUCGAUUACAAGAGCAAGAAACAUACGGACGUGAUACGCGCCGUGUUAAAGAAGAAAAUGAACGAUUACGUGAACGUUUGGAUAAGACAUUGCUCGAAUUGGAUGCCAUCAAAGGUAAAGCCGCUUACGACGAAGAAUCAUCGUUGAAAUACAAAGAAAAGUAUGAAUCACGUGAACUUGAAUGGCAGAAUUUGGAGACCAAACUACAUGAGACCAGCCUACAAUUGGAACUAUCAAAGGCUGAAGUGGCCAAAUUGAUUUCGAAUCAAGAAAAACAAAGAACUGAAUUGGAACGUGCGCAUAUUGAAUGCGAAAAGGUGCGUGAUCGUCAUGAGAAAUUGAUUAAGGAAGCCGAACGAAUGCGUCAACUUGGACCGAAUGCCAAACCAAAUGCAAUAAGCCCCGGCGCAAAUUCAUUGCCACAGAAUCCGGCUGAACGUUCCGAAAAUGAACGAUUACGUGAUCGACUUGAAAAGGCAUUGCAAGUUAAUCAAUUGUUGUACAAUUUCCUCGAGAAGCAUACACAAAAUCAAUUCCAAACGCGUGACGCUACCGAUUUGGAGGCGGGCCGAUUGGCCAAAGAACUGGAAAAAGCACAAAUGCAUUUGGCCAAACAACAAGAGGCCAAUGAAUCGACGCGCAUCGAAUUUGAACGCAUGUCAGCCGAACUAAAUCGAUACCAAGAGCGCUUGGAACGAUCGGAAGCUGAACGAGAAGCACUGAAAGCACAGCGACAAAACAUGCAAUCCCAUCAAGUUGAAAAGAAUAUUAUGAAACUGGAGACUGACGCAAAACAAUUGGCACUCGAACGAGAUCAAUUGAUACAACAAUUGGAGAAGAGCCAAGACAUGCUAAUGAACUUCCAACAGGAACUGAAUGCUACUGAACAAGAAUUGCAACGGCAACGUGAAGAAAAUAAACGGUUUGUACAACAACAUCAAGAACUUGAAAAGAGAUUACAAGAGUCCGAAAAGAAACAACCGCAACAACCGGGUCAACGCAAUCUACCGCCCACACCCGAUCAACAGCGGCUUGUCGCCGAAAUUAAUGCACUUAAACAACGAUUACAAGAAACUGGCGCCCGCAGCGAAAAUGAAGCCGAACAAUGGCGCAAAAUGGUCGAACAAGAAAAAGGACGAGCCGAUCAAGCUGAAAAGGCAGCACAAGAGCUACACAAACGUGCUCAAACAUUGGAAAAACAAUUGCAAUCGCAUAUGCAACAAAUUGCCAAUCUACAGCAACAAAAUCAACAACAGCAACAACAACAGCAACAACCUACUGCCCAAACUCAGCAAGCUACUCAAGAGAUGGAAAAAUUGCGAAAAGACCUACAAACGGCAAAUGUGGAACGCGAUCGAUUCCAAUCGCAGCUUGAAAUGUUAGUUCAAGAAUUGGAAAAGAGCCAGAUGGAUCUGCUCGAAGCAAAUAAUCAACUGAAGACAACACAUCAGCAGUUGACAUCCGCUCAACAAAAUAAUACGGCUAAAGGUGGUAUUGAUGAGGCACAACGCAAAGAGAUCGAAGCUCAGCUCAUACAAAUGGAAGAGUUCAAAAAACAAUUAGAUAAUCAAGCAAAGGCCAUCGAAAGUGAACGCAAAUUGUUCGAGGAGCAAAGAAAAGCGAUAGAAUCGAAACGAAAGGAACUUGAAGAGAAAGAGAAGAAACUCAUUGAAUUCGAUAGACAAUUACAGAAGCGCAAAGAGCAGAUGGAUCAAUUGGAAAAAUCUCUGCAAAAAGCCGGUGGUACUGCUGCUGCUGCAGGCGAACUGAACAAAAAACUCACCGACACUCAGCGACAAUUGGAAGCUGUUCAAGAGCAAUACAUUCAAGCGAAAGAAGAAGCGGCCAAUGCGUCAAAAGAAACCGAACGUCUAUUGCAAGUGGUGCAAAUGACACAGGAAGAACAAAACGCAAAAGAAAAAACCAUUAUGGACCUACAACAAGCAUUGAAGAAUGCACAGGCCAAAUUGAAAAAUCAACAGCAACAACAACAAGAGGCUGCUGGACCAGCUGGAUUCCUCAAAAGCUUUUUCUAAAUCUAAACUAGAACUGUCCAAAGUGAACAUUUAAUAAAUAAUCAAUCCAAUAAAAACAAAUUCGACAAAGAACGAGAAAAAAGUAUACACUGAAAUGUUAUGUUUUAACGAAAACAAAAAAAAAGGAUUGGCAAUGAAAUGGAAAAUUAAUGUACUGACUGCGAAAGCAACAACAACCACAACAAAUAACCAACAAAAAAAAUGUUUUUUUCAUCUAUGCUCAUAAUACUCAUUCUAAUCAAAGUUUAUAUUUAAAAAAAAAACAUCAAUUUUCAAUAACAAAAACCAAACAAAUUAAAACUAUGAUGUUUAAAAUAAAAAGUGUGACUAAAAUCAUUCGCGUCGUUCUUGAUUGAAAAUAAAUAAAUAAAAAAAAACCAAGUUUCUAUGCUAGAGUACGUGUGAUCUAAUUUCAACAUUUAAACGACGAAGAUGAAAACAAAAACAAACACACAUAAAUAAUAAUUACACUCUUUUUCUCUUCUAAAACACACCAUAGUUUAAAACUUUAUUGAAAACAAAGAACAAAUAGCAACAACAGCGACUAAUUUUUAUCCAUUAAGCAAGUAUAUCCUUAAAAUGGCCUUUGUGAACAAAACAGACUCUAUUCAAAUAGACUCUAAGUGUAAAUGAUUUCACACACAUUUGACUUUAAUUUGCAUUGCUGGAGUAAAGUAAAAAGCAAAAAAAAAACCUAAUUGAAAAAAAAAAAUAUAAUUAAUUACGUAUAGUUGAAUUGAACAAACACGCGCAAAUACAAAUAAUUUGCUACCAAUAUUUUGCUUCGACUGCAAUACACAUUUUAGAGCUAAACAUGCAACAGAGAAAAAAACCAUACGACCAACUUACAAAACUGAACGAAAAAAAAACCGUUCGAUCGCUCCCUCAAAUUAAAAAGAGCUUGAUACGCGAUGGAACAUGCCUAAUAUGUCCGAGCGGCAUGAGGAUAUAUAAAAAGGCAGAAAAAAAACGUGGCAAUCAUUGGCAAAAAUAGGCAAAACCAAUAUAAUUAGGCAAGGAUUAUUUAACGCAUGGUCCCUUCAAUUGAAUUGAAAACUUUAAAAAUUAACUAAUUGCAAUUUAUGGCAAAAAGAGUGACCAGCCAAAGUACAAGAGCGAACAAUGCUAAACAAAACCGAAAUAAGACUAUAUUUAAUUGCGAUACCAAAGUGGAACAUCACAUUUAUAAUUAAUAGAAAAUUUAUUGACGUUGCGAGAUAAAUGUUCGCUCCCAAAAAAUGAAAUGUGUUGUUGUUUUUUUGCGGGCCAGGAGCCACACACUGGAUCAGAACAUUUCAAAUGGAACGAUAAACGUCAAAUGAAACAAAAAUCGAUUCCAAUCAAUCUCUAUGUAACUUUCUAACUCUUCUAUAUUUCAAACAAACAAAUGUGUCAUAUCAAUAGAAUUCUUGUUAUUAACGAAAAAAAAAAAAACAAUGAUGGAGAAACAUAGCCAAAACAUAUUAUAUAUGGAAAUUUCAAUCAAUACACUUACAAUCAAGAUUGAACACAAAUCUAAUGGAAUAGGAUGUAAACAACAAGCAACUCAGAUGAUGAUCCCCCUUCCCCUCUAAAAAAGGCGUCAUCGCGAUGAACGCAUACUUAAAGCUCUGUGUCACAUACACACAUAUACACACUCACAAAAAGUGUUCAAAAAGAAGAAGAAUAUAUGACUUAAUCCAAAGACAGAGAAAAACAGAAAACUCUCAGGUACUAAAAAAAUUGUUUUGUUUUAGCGUAUGUUAAAUCUACUUCGUUCUCCCUUAAAGAGGAUUGUGAUUGGUGUUUUAUUUGUUUGUCUCGAAGGAAAAUGACAGAAAUAAAAUAAAAAAUGUAUGUCGUCACCGAAACAAUAUUUCACGGCAAAUGGCAAGAUCAUGUGUUGCAAAAACCAUGUGUGCUGAAGAGAAUGAAAUGUAAUAUGCACGUGAAUAAGGAUUGGAUGAGAAUACCAAGUAAUUAAAAGCUUCUCUGUUCAAAGUCUUUUGUUUGUUAAAAGUCUUCAAAAUGUAAUAUAAAAAAGAAAUCUAUACAUAAUAUAGACAAUAAAAAAAAACUUUAAAAAAUUGUAGAAGAAAAAAAAAUCAAGUGUACAUAACUAGUUAUCCCAGAAUUUUUUUUUAAAGGGAAACUAAACAAGUAAACCUGCAUUGAUACCAAAAAAUAAACUCCAAUAAAAUGAAUAAUAAUAUAUUUAUCUGAUAUGUCGACACCCUGAAACUGUGUCGCGAUUCCUUUUACCUUUUUCUUUAUUAUUUUUACAAAUCCAAAAGUGAAACAUUAACCAAUUGGAUCUUUUUCGUACGGGUAAAAUGCCAAUUGAAGCAGACAAACGAAAACAUUUUAUUAAUUCAUUUCAUUCGUCGCAUUUUCCAAUCAAUUCGAUUUUACCUGUAAAUUCAAUUUCGCACACACUUAUAUUAUUAUAUCCUUUCUCCUCUUCUUCGCUACACUUUAUUCCCACGAAUAUUCAUAUAUAGAUUAAAUUUGUAUCGCAUAUCCAAACAAGACACAACUCCGUUUGAGUGAAUUUAACAACCACAAACCAAAAAAAGAAGAAGAUACAUGUUGAUUUUUGAAAUUGAAUAAAAACUAAACCCAAAAAUAUACCCAAAUGGCAAGAUGAUAUUUGUUUGCAUUUAGUCAAAUAAAACACUAGUUGUAAUAACGAUUAAUAAUUAUGUUAUAAAAAUAAAAUUUAAACAAAAAAAAACUAUGUGUUCAAUUCAGAAUUCAAUGUACUUGUUUAAUCUGAUGCUAAGAAAAGAUGUGACAUAAAUAUAUGAAUCGAAAACGUAUUACAAUUCAAUCAUACCAAGGCAUCGCAUGCGGUGUGUUACGUAAAUUUCGGUUCGCAUGAAUUACGCAAACCAAAAAAAAAAUUAUGCAAAAUACCUUAUAUAUUGUAAUUUGACGAGUAAAAUUUAACGAUAAAAAACAACAACAACAAAACCAUAAGACAGAAAACAUAGGAAUAAGCUAAUGAACAAAUGGAAACUAUUAUCACAACCCAAUAGAUAAAAUAUAUGACAAUUUAUAAAUAUAUAUAUAUAUAAAUCUAUUAUAUAAAUGCUUAUUGUUGCUAAAUUCAAUAUUUAAAAAAUGAAAACAAACACACUCACACAUACACAAAGAAUACAGCUCAGUUAAAAAACUGAUAUGGACAAGAAAUAUCGUACUUUCCACAACAAUACCAACCAACCAACAAAUUGACACAUUUUUGAUCAAUUGUAUUGUUGAAUUUUAUUAAAGGUGAAUAAAAAAAUGACGAUUUUUUUUUUCGUGUGAAAAUAAAAC